CAAAAGACAGAGGAGAGCAUCCUCUCAUCCACAGUUCUGCUCGCUCUUCUCCGAAGAUGAUACCGUUGAGGAUACUCUGUGUGUUGCUCUGCCUCAACUUAGCUUGGGCUCAGGAUGGGGAGACCACCUUUGAAAAGGAGGGUGCAGCCGGACGUGGCCCCAGGAUCGUGGAGCACAUGCACCAGUCCUCCUGCAAGUAUGAGAAGAACUGGCCUAUGUGUGUGGACGAUGACUGGGGUAUAAAAUGUCCAUCAGGCUGCAGAAUGCAAGGAAUAAUUGAUGACACGAACCAGGAUAACAGUCACAGAAUAGAGAAAAUUAGGCAGCAACUUGCAGACAGUCAAAACAACUAUAAAACGUCCAAUCGGGUAAUUGUGGAAACCAUAAAUAUACUAAAGCCUGGUCUGGAGGGUGCCCAGCAGCUGGAUGAGAAUUACGGUCAUGUGUCAGCAGAACUGAGGAGGAGAAUUGUGACAUUAAAGCAGCGAGUUGCCAAUCAAGUGAACAGAAUUAAAGCUCUGCAGAACAGCAUCCAGGAGCAGGUGGUGGAAAUGAAGCGUUUGGAGGUGGACAUUGAUAUUAAAAUACGAGCUUGCAAAGGAAGCUGUGCAAGAAGUUUUGAUUACCAGGUGGACAAAGAAGGCUAUGACAACAUCCAGAAGCAGCUUACCCAGGCCAGCUCCAUUGACAUGCACCCAGACUUUCAAGCAACCACCUUGAGCACACUGAAAAUGAGGCCUCUUAAGGACUCGAAUGUUCCCGAACAUUUUAAGCUCAAGCCUCCACCAGAAAUGCAAGCUCUGAAUGUAUUUAAUAACAUCAAGCAGAUGCAAGUGGUAUUAGAAAGACCAGAAACAGACUCAAGGCCCUCCCAAGGCGAGACCUUUUACCAUGUGGCAGAAGCAAGGGGGGAUUCUUCACCUCCCCACACCAGCAAAUUAGUUACUUCUGCUCAUGGGAGAGAAACCCCUAGCCUGGUAGAUAAAACCUCCUCUGUCCAUAGAUGCACCAGAAUUGUCACCAAGAAAGUCAUUAGUAGCCCCGAUGGUCCUAGAGAAGAAAUAGUUGAAAAAAUGGUUUCCUCUGAUGGCUCAGACUGCUCCCAUUUACAAGGAGGACGAGAAGGAAGCACUUACCAUUUUAGUGGGACAGGUGACUUUCACAAGCUAGACAGGUUUCAGCCAGAUCUAGAGUCGUUCUUCACCCAUGACUCUGCCACUGGUAGCAGGCACUCUGUUAGCUCGAGCACCACCACAACCAGCAGCCGUGUGACUGGGGCGGGCAGCAGCCACCUAGGUACUGGAGGGAAAGACAAAUUCACAGACUUAGGAGAGGAGGAAGAAGAUGAUUUUGGAGGACUUCAGCCAUCUGGAUUUGCUGCCGGCAGUGCAAGUCACUCCAGGACUGUAGUGACCAGUUCCUCUUCUAGUUUCAACAAGGGAGGCUCCACUUUUGAAACCAAGUCACUAAAGACCCGUGAAAUAUCUGAGAGGCUAGGUGGGGUGCAACAUGAUCAGAGUGCAGAGGAUACCCCAGACUUUCAGGCGCGCAGCUUCAGACAAGCAGCAAUGAGUACAAGAAGAGACUACAGUGGGAAAGACUGCGAUGAUAUCCGCCAGAAACACACUUUUGGUGCCAAAAGUGGCAUUUUCAAAAUCAAGCCAGAGGGAUCCAGUAAGGUUUUGUCAGUUUAUUGCGACCAAGAGACCACUUUGGGAGGAUGGCUAUUGAUCCAACAGAGAAUGGAUGGAUCAGUGAAUUUUAACCGUACGUGGCAAGACUACAAGAGAGGUUUCGGCAGCGUGGAUGGCAAAGGGCGAGGAGAGUUGUGGCUGGGCAAUGAGAACAUCCACUUGCUGACUCAGAACGACACUCUGCUUCGAGUAGAGUUAGAGGACUGGGAUGGAAAUGCUGCAUAUGCAGAGUACAUCAUGCAGGUAGGGACUGAAGCAGAAGGCUAUGCCCUGGCUGUGUCCUCCUACGAGGGGACUGCUGGGGAUGCACUGGUUGCUGGCUGGCUGGAGGAAGGCUCUGAGUACACGUCCCAUGCUCAGAUGCAGUUCAGCACCUUCGACCGGGACCAAGACCGCUGGGAGGAGAGCUGUGCUGAGGUGUACGGGGGCGGCUGGUGGUACAACAGCUGCCAGGCAGCCAAUCUCAAUGGCAUUUACUACCCAGGGGGCCACUACGACCCCAGAUACAAUGUUCCAUAUGAGAUCGAGAACGGAGUAGUCUGGAUACCAUUUAGAGCCUCCGAUUAUUCCCUCAAAGUUGUUAGAAUGAAAAUCAGACCCCUGGAUACCUUGUAGAAGGACAGGCAUUUAAUAUAUGUGUCACAACUAAAAGUCGGAAAUGUCUUUUAUAUAUCUAUGUGUGUGAUGUAUCUUUACCCUAUGAAUUUGAAGGCAACAUGGCACAUCUAUGGCAUACAAAAUAAACUGAUUAAUUAUUAACAAAACA